AGUUUGUCUUUUAAAAGUCCAAUGGAAAGACGGUGGUCAGGAAAAAAGUCGUGAGAUACGUCAUUAUCAGUGGAUAAAUUGGCCAGAUCGUGGUGUACCGCCAUGUCGACUCACAUCGAUGGUUCUUUUAUCAAAUAUUCGUGGUACCAAGAAACCAAUUGUGGUACAUUGCUCUGCUGGUAUUGGUAGGACCGGCGCAAUUGUAGCAAUUGAGUAUAUUCUGGAGAAACUUCAGCAAGGUAUACCGUGCGAAUCAAUGGAUAAAAUUCUUAAAGAACUACGAAAUCAACGACCAUUUACCAUACAAAAUGAUAUGGUACCUAAAUGCUAG